CGCUUUUCUUGGUCCAUGUGCCGCAAUAUCUGUCAUGAUUUUCCAAUGAAACGAAAGAUUUGAAUUGCAGUCGCAGGGCAGAUUACAUGACCCGAGACAAGGAACCAUGGGCCUUACUCCCGGUACGCGGUCCAUGGCAUCAUGUCCUGCGUCCACUGCCUCAAGCACCAUGAAGCACGAGUUUGUGGAAGGCUGGGAUUUGACGCAAGUGCUGGGUGAAGGAGCGUAUGGGGAAGUCAAGCUUCUGGUUAACAGGGCAACACAAGAAGCAGUCGCAGUCAAAGUGUUGAAUAACAGUGACCACGCUGAAGCAGCUGAGAACUUUAGAAAAGAGAUAUGUGUUCAUCGAAUGCUUAACCAUGAUAACAUCAUUAAGUAUUAUGGUCACAGGAAGGAUGGGAAUCAGCAAUAUAUUUUUCUUGAGUAUGCAUCUGGCGGUGAGCUGUUCGAUAGAAUAGAGCCGGAUUGUGGCAUGGACCAAGGAGUUGCUCAAAGAUAUUUCAAGCAAAUAAUGUCUGGAGUGGAGUACCUGCAUUCAAAAGGCGUUGCACAUAGGGAUUUGAAGCCUGAGAACAUCCUAUUAGAUGCCAAUGACAACAUCAAGAUCUCUGACUUUGGCAUGGCCACAGUGUUUAGGUUUCGGGGAGAAGAAAGAUUACUUGUGAAGAGGUGCGGUACGCUGCCGUACAUUGCACCUGAAGUGCUUGUCAAGCAGUACCGUGCAGAGCCUGCCGACAUCUGGAGCUGUGGGGUCAUCCUAGUCGCACUGCUUGGUGGGGAACUGCCUUGGGACAAGCCUUCUGCAUGUUGCCCAGAGUAUAAAGAUUGGAAGGACUGCAAGAUUACUGUGCCACCAUGGUCAAAACUGGACAAUGCAGUUCUUUCACUACUUCGAAAAAUACUGAUGCCAAACCCAGCGAAAAGGUACACAAUAGAGCAAAUCAAAAACCAUCAGUGGAUGAAGAAACUUCUCAAAUCGAAAAAUGCCAAUACCAAGUGGCUGGGCAGCAAUGUGGAUUCGUUCACACGCAAGAAUAGCUGCUUUGACAUUGGUCAGGCAGCUGAUGCAAGCAGGGACGACGACACCAUCACCAGGCUCUCAAGUUCGCAGCCAGAUCCAUUGCGCAGGGGUGUUGAGCCAAGUCUGGAGUUGGCCUCUGAUAUGGAUGUUGUAGUGCAGCAUGUUAGCUUUUCGCAGCCAGCACACCUUGAUGACAUGCUGCUGAGCACACAGACGCAGGGUACACAGAGCUCUUCACAGACACCUCUUCAGAGGUUAGUGAAGCGAAUGACAAGGUUCUUUGUCACCACUGAUGCCCAGCAGACUGUUGAGGAGCUAAAAUCCCUCUUUGAGCGUCUGGGUUAUUCAUGGAAGACAAACUCUCCAGGACAGAUCACUGUUACAACGCUAGAUAAACGCAAAGCACAGCUAGUGUUUAAAGCAAGCCUGAUUGAGAUGAGUGCAAAGAUCCUUGUGGACUUCAGGCUGUCUCGUGGUGACGGCUUGGAGUUCAAGAAGCACUUCGUGAUCAUCAGGAACCACCUGUCCGAACACAUUGCCAAGGGCCCUGUCAGCUGGCCUAUAGCAGUGGCCACUAACAGCAUUCCUUGACCUAAGUCUUAGUCUAAAGCCAUGUUCAUGAUACUGACCAACAGAAUCUCGUGUGCCAAUCAUGCCUGCCCAACAAUUCCUACGUUCUUACCUGAUAGUGUGUACAUUUGUAGUGUAAAUAGCGCUAUGUUAAGGAGCCUUUUAUAGUGCUAUGCUAAUGAGCCUUGGCUUUGACAUGUCACUAGAAGUUAGGCAUGCUACAGACAAUAAAAGUGCCUUUUUAUCACUA